AUGUUGAAGGAGAUUUACAGUGUUCCAAUAAGGAAGGAGAAAUGUUUCUCCACACAUGAGAAUCAGACCAGUGUGAGGUUUACAGUGUUCGAGGGAGAAAGAAGCAAGGCAACAGACAACAAUCUGCUUGGUGAAUUCAUACUCGAAGCCAGAGGUGUUACAAAUUUAAAAGGGUGCUUCGACAUAGAUGAGAACGGUGUCAUGAAUGUGUCGGCCGAGCACGUGGGUACUGGGUUGAAGAACAAGAUCAGCAUCACCAACUACAAGGGCAGGCUCUCUGAAAAAGAAAUGGAGAAGAUGGUGAAGGACGCAGAGAAGUAG